GGGCAGGAAGGAAGGCCUCUGUCUUGGAAAGCUACAGCCAGUCAGAUUAGAUAACAUAGUGUUAGAUGGUCCCAUAGUGUGACACCACCUUCUAUCCUCCCUAUAGACUGGGUCAUCAGGGUAAUUCCUCUGUGCAAGAGCUGGCCAUCAAGGAGAGCCAAAGGCCCAUCUAGUGGCCAGUCACAUGCUUCUGGGAAUCCUACAAUCAGAGCGUGAGGGCAAUAGCCCUUUCCUGUUUUAGUGUCGCAGCAAGAGCUAAAAUCCAGGCUGUGUCACCAAUGCAAACCUAAUGGUAUUCCUAAACCGGUGAUGGACUGGUUAAAAGCAGCCUGUCCGUAGACUGCUGGACAAGCGUCAAGGCGGUUGCUGCUGUAUUGCUACAUUAGCAGCAGGCGGGGAAAUGCAAAGAGCAGAACUUGCCUGAGGUGGCUGGGCGGACCUUUGCCUCCCCAGACGUUCACCAGCAAGCAUGAGGAUGAACAAAGGUAAGGGGAGAAUGUUGUGUUUUCCAACAAUUCCUUUCUGUGUGUUUCUUCGGAGCUGUGCAAGGCAGGUCUCUGGAAUGAGUGCAAGUCAGCCUCCCUGCCUCCUCCUCUCCAACUUGGAAGAGCAGGUGGGCUGUUGUGAUGAGCAAGAGAAUCAAAACGAUCAAGGGGCUUAAGGGGCGUCUGUAACAAUCUGGGACUUUUUAGUUUGGCAGACAAAGUAAGGAACGGUAUGAGAAAGGUGUACAAAGGUGUAUGAGAAAGGCAUGUGGAGAAAAUGGAGAGAGAAAAGUUUUUCUGCCUCUCUCGUAAUGCUAGAAUUCGGGAACGUUCAGCGGAGUUGAACGGUUGGGAGGUUCAGACAGACAAAGUCCUUCUUUGCACAGCACACAGACUGUGAAAUUUGCUCCUACAGGAUGCAGGGAUGGCCAGCAAAUUGGAUGGCUUUAAAAGAAGUCUAGACAAAUUUAUGGAGGAGAUGGCUGUCACUGGCUACUAUUGGAGGAAGUAUGUCUCUGAGUGCUAGUUGCUGGAAAUCAGAAAGAGAGCAAGCGAGAGCAGGAAGGAGAGAGAUUUUGUGCUCAGGUUCUGCUUUUGGGCUUCCAAUAGGGGUUUCAUUGACCCCUAGACAAGAUGGAUGCUGGUCUAGGUGGGCCUUAGUUCUGAUCCGGAAGGGCUCUUCUUUUCUUACGACUGGACAUCCUAAUACAGAGAGAAAUUGCAGCUGAUGACCUAAGGAUCGAAGGAGCUCUCUGAGGUGAACCACAUAGGCCUCUGGCUCUGAAUUACCUGUAUUCAGAUAUUGUGAUAUGCCCACAAGAAUGUAAGAAAAUCUCUUCUGGAUCUGACCCAAGGCCAUCUAGUCCAGUAUCCUGUUCUCAUGGUUGCCAACCAGAUUCCUAAGGGAAGCCUCCAAGCAGACCUGAGGGUGGCAGCAGUCUCCCCACUUUAGAUUCCCAGCAGCUGGCAUUCAGAGGCACCAGGUUGGCCCAAGGCAUUUUGGCACCUGAGGCAAACCACACAACAUGCCACUCCCCACCAGAGAAGAAGGGGUGAGUGAUACACCUGGGGAAAUCAAAUCACCUGAUGGCUGAAAUGAGAAUCAAAGGAUGUUGCUGGAGGGAAAGAAGCCACACCCAGGGCUGUCCUAGGAUUUUUUGGGGUAUUACACCAGCACAGCUUGUUUUUUCCCUGGUUUGAGAGCUUCUGUCACUAUCUGUCCCACAGGAUCAGUGUUGGCGUUGACUCUCAUUUGGCUCUUGGCAGCAAGGUCUCAGCCCCUCGAAGUGGGGGCCACCAACGAACAGGCCAGCCCCGAAAAGCAGAAGUGUCCCAGCCUGUGUGGUUGCAGUUACGACGAACGCAAUGAUGAGCUGAGUGUCUACUGCAGCUUGCGAAACCUCACCAGCCUUCCUGAAGACGUGCCCAGGGCCGUGAGGAUGUUGUGGCUGGAGGGAAACAAUUUCACUUCUUUGCCAGCUCUUGCUUUCAGGAACCUCUCCAGCCUGGAAUUUCUCAACCUUCAGGGCAGCCACCUGUCAAGCAUCGAACAGCACGCCUUCCACGGCUUGGAGGAACUCUACUCCUUGCUCCUCCAACACAACCGGCUGAAGUCGCUGGCGCCCAACAUCUUCCUCCAUCUGCAGAACCUGGUUUCCCUACAUCUCAACAACAACCAGUUUAGCAAGAUUGAGGAAGGUGUGUUUGCCGGGCUCUCCAAUCUCUGGUACUUGAACCUUGGAUGGAACUCCCUGGUGGUCCUGCCGGACAAAGUGUUUCACGAUCUACCCAACUUGCGAGAACUGAUCCUGGCUGGGAACAAGCUCCACUAUCUCCAACACCAGCUCUUCUACAGCCUCAGUGAGUUGAAAGAGCUGGACCUGAGUGGGAAUUCCCUGAAGGGCAUCAAGGGCAACAUCUUCACGAAGCUGCAGAAGCUGCAGAAGCUUUACCUCAGCCAGAACCAAAUCAACGCCAUCGCCCCACGGGCUUUCAUGGGCAUGAAGUCUCUGCGAUGGUUGGACUUGUCCCACAACCGCCUCACCAUGCUUUUUGAAGACACGUUUGCGGGCCUUUCAAGCCUGCAUGUGUUGCGCCUCUCCAACAAUUCCAUCGCCAGUCUGAGGCCAAGGACCUUCAAAGACCUCCAGUACUUGGAGGAGCUGCAGCUGGGGAACAACAAGCUCAGAAGCCUGCCGGAAAGGGCCUUCGACAAGCUGAGUCAACUGGAGGUUCUCACGCUCAACAACAACCAUAUCCAAGAGAUCAGGGCUGGGGCUUUCCUUGGUCUUUCCAACAUGGCAGUGAUGAACCUCUCUGGGAACUGCCUUAAGACCCUCCCAGAUUUUACCUUCAGGGGACUCAGCCAGCUGAACAGCCUCCACUUGGAAAACAGCUGCCUCAGCAGGAUAAGGCCACAGAUGUUCUCCGACCUUUCCAGCCUCCGGAGGCUCUUCCUGAGACACAAUGCCAUCUCAGAAAUGGAGGACCACAGCCUGAGCGAUUUGCACGAGCUCCUUGAUCUGGACCUCAGGCACAACCAGCUGAGCAGCCUCUCCCCAAACCAGUUUGCAGGCCUCCGGAACUUAGAAUACCUCCUCCUGUCCUCCAACCAACUGCUAGACAUCUCUCCUGAAGCCUUCACUCCACUUCUGCGCCUCUCCUGGCUUGACCUCUCCAGCAAUUGUUUACAGGCCCUGGAGAGUGACAUCUUCCGCUCCUUCCCCAGGCUGGGAUAUCUGAACAUCGGGAACAAUUCACUCAGAACCUUCUCGGUGGAUUGGCUGAGCCCUUCGCUCGUCCAACUGUGGCUGGAAGGGAACAAGUGGCAAUGCAACUGCUCGCUGAAAGGACUUAGAAACUUUGCCCUGCAGCACCCCAGUGUUGUCUUGCGGUACACGCAGUCCAUCACAGAAGGAGAUGCUCCUGUAUAUACUUACAACAACAUCACUUGCCUUAGCCCUGGGGAGGUAGCAGGACUAGAUCUUCGGGACAUCCAAGACACCCAUUUUGCCGAUUGCUAAAUACUGGUACUUUUUACUUGGUUUCCCCUGCUCCACCCUCCACAAAAAACGCUUUCUGUAUAGCUGGUGUCGGCAUGCUCUCCUGGACCCCAUGAUUUGACUAAAUGCAUCUCUUGCAGGGUGGCCCUCAGCCUGAUUUUAUAUGGCCCUUGGGCCUUUGCAAGCGAUCAAUGAAGACUCCUGGCAAGAGAGGACCGUCCUUCCACUGGUGGGAAGAGAAGGGAGGGAGGUGACAGAAAGAAAGAAAAUAGGGUGGCCCCAUUUUAACCUUUUCCUUUCUCCACUACCAGUUUUGGCCCCACUCACAGCGGCCCCUGACGGAUUGCCCCAAGGGAAGGCGGCCCUCAACAGAAAAAGGUUGCUCAAUGCUCAUCCCUGAUCUAUUGGGAAAGGGGGUGGUGGUCCCACCUCUGUGCCUUUCAACACCUCCUUUCCCCUUACUUUUUGGACGUGCUAUCCCCUGGAUGGGGCAGCCUGUGUGUCGGGUGGGAAGAUUUUCAUAAGGUUUCCAUUUCAGCAGGCAGUCCCAGGGGUGGGUGGGUGGGUGUCCCCCCCCCCCAGCACUAUUAGGCCAGUUACAGGUAGGUAGCUGUGUUGGUCUGCCGUAGUCGAAACAAAAGAGAAAAAAAUCGUUCCAGACCGACUAAGCUUGUUAUUGGUAUGAGCUUUCGUGGGCAUGCUUCCUGGUAUCUGAAGAAGUGUGCAUGCACACGAAAGCUCAUACCAAUAACAAACUUAGUUGGUCUCUAAGGUGCUACUGGAAGGAAUUUUUUAAAUUUUGUUUCGACUAUUAGGACAUUUAUCCUCCUCUGGCACUUUCAGGGACUGCACUCCUGACACAAGAGCCUGAUGCGAUGUACUUGACAUGCUCAAUUCCAAGUCGAGCAACUAAACAGGGGCUAGGCAGAUGCCACGAUGUGGCAGGUGCUCCAUGUGGCAAUAUAUACCCAUCAGGCUCGGCACCAGCAGGUGGCACCCUUGGGCCAUUGCCAGGGCCCUGAGGUCUUAGCAGGGCCCACCUCUGAUAUUGCCUGCCCUGGGUCCCUAAUAAUGAUCACUGCAGAGUCUCCAGUGUUCAGAUCUUGGAGCCUGCAAUGUAGUACUGCUUUGGGGCGUCCUGUGGAAUUGAAAUGGCGCCUCUCAGACCCACAAGGGGUGCCACCUGGUGCUGGUCAAAGCACGAUUGCAGCCUGCUGCUGUUUUCGCUGACAGGUAAGCAUGUCGGGGGAGGCUCCAAUGUAGGAGCCAGAUCCAAUACAUAUAGAAAUGUAGGAAGCUGCCUUACCCUGAACCCAGACCAUUAGUCCAUCUAGCUCAGUAUUGUCCACACUGACUGGCAGCAGCUCUCCACAGAGUUCCAGGCAGGGGUCUGGAGAUGCCAGAGGCUGGACCUGAGACUUUCUGCAUGCAUAGCAGAUGCUCUGUGACUGUGCUAGGAUGGAUAUGGUGUCAAAAUCCCCAUGGGAGCUUUUUGGCAGCUUUCCCCAUGGAUGCCAUAUGCUCUUAUAAACAGCAACAUGUUAAUAAACUUUCAGAGCUAUGGCAGAGCCUUUUGGUUUUUCUGAUGAUGCUUCGUCUAAAUAGGAACCACGAGAUCUGAGCUAUGGCUGUAAUACAGGUAAGUAGAUAAAACAGAGCUUCUUCGAAACUUCUUGUGCCUGAAGAAAAUAAAUCAGUGAGUAACACCAACAACACAAAUACUGUGUUGUAAAAAUGCAGAGACCAAUCACAAUUCAUUUCUCCAUCUCACCCAGGCAAAAUCUCUGGAGAGAAAGCAAAAGGCACCUGAAGGAUUGUCACAUUAUGUUCAGACAUCUCAUUCAAUUGGUGUGAAUUCUGUUUACGAAUAGACAAUCUGUGUUAUGCUCCACCUCUGCUCUUGGAGGCAGUAUGACUCUGAAGGCCAGUUGUUGGGAAUUGCAAGUGGGAAGAGUGCACUCAGGUCCUGCUUAUAGAAUUGCAGAGUCGGAAGGGACCCUGGGGGGGUCAUCUAGUCCAACCCCCUGCAAUCUUUUUCCCAACAUGGUGCUCAAACCCACGACCCUGAGUGCUUGUGGGCUUCCCAGUGGGGGAGCUGGUUGGCCCCUGUAAGAACAGGAUGUUGGACUAGAUGGGCCUUUGGACUUAUCUAGCAGGCCUCUUAUGUUCUUAACGGAGCUUGCAGAUAACUUCCUUCUGGAUUUGCAUUCAGAGAGGCAUAGAUUCCCCUCCCUUAGAUUAGCCACGUUUUUGCAACAGCCUUUAAACAAGAAAAUUGUGACCUCAAGCAGAUGCUGACCAUGGGACCCUCCUCUCCAGGCAGACAUGCUAUCACCUAAAUUGCACUGGACAGAUGCAAUAAAACAUUUAGUGCUUGGGAACCAGUCAUGGCCAAUCAAAAUUCAGAAGAUUUUUUAUUUUUUUAUCUCAUUGACCUACAGUUCUAAUCUGUUAGAUUAUACCAUUCUAGAUAGUCUAAGAAGUGCUGGUUGUGGAAUUCUGCUUUGGGGAAUUGUGGUUAUCAAAAUUGUGCAAUUAAGAUUUUAUUUUUUCUGGUUGAGACUGCUGAUUGAUCUUAUUGAUUCAGAGACUGGAAAUAUCUCACACCUAAUAGUGAACUCGAAUGAUGAGCAUUGACAGAAAUAAAGCUAAAACAGGCCUCACUGAGUCAUGAGUAUCUGCCUACUUGUAGGAGCCCCAAGAGUUGCAAAAGUACAGGGGGGAAAUGCUUAAAAUAAAUACAACUCCAACAAAAAAAAAGCAGAAGCAGCUCAAUCACCAUGGAAUAUUGAAUAUCAGUUGUAAAGUCAGGAGAGGAAAAUAACAAUAAAUAUCUCAUUGACCUGC